AUCUGUGUCCAAGCACCAGUUCCAUCCGUGGAGCGUGGGAGUCGAGAGUCUCUGCACCAGGUAUUGUAACCAGCUGUUCGUCCGCAUAGACGUCAUAAGCUAUUUCUCUUGUCAUCAGGCAACUUCCCCGCAGGCCUUGCAACUCGAGGCUGCCUCACAAAGAUGGUUGCCACAACAGGAUACAUCAAACUUUAUGUUUUGCUCAUAAUUGCGGCAUCGUUCUCUAGUUUUACCUUCGUACACGCAGAAGAUUCCUCGAAAUCAGACGAGAAAGAUGCCUCUAUUUCGGAUGAUACCAGUAGUCAAGAAGACAGCAAAGAGAAAAGAUCUCGAGAAGAAAUUAUGUUCGGUAAUCAACAGAACAAACCCAACGGUCUCGUUGAUGACUUGAUGGGAAUGGCAGACAAUUUGGAUGACGAUGAAAAUUAUUCUCUUAGGCUUCCGGACAAAAAGUCAAAUGCAUCUCAGCCUGACGAUCAAAAAGAAGAUGAAACGGCAAAAGAUGAAAAGAAUGAAAAGAGAACAGCUCGCCCGGCAGAUGAAGAUGAACAGAAUGAUAUGAUGAUGGGCUCUGGUGCUGAAAAUUGGUACAACACUGUACCCGUGUCUUCCAGUGCUUUACAAUAUCUCGCCAAUUCGCCCACAAGGCAAAGCCUGGCGCCAGAAGAGUUCGCUAACAGCCUGUACGAUCAAGAAGAUCUGUAUCGUCGUAAGCGUCAACUUCUAGGUCAUCCUCUGAAUCUACGAAAAAGGAGCCUUCGCAGUUCUAUCGGCCAGAUGAUCCAGAAACGAGGCAUUCGAACUCCUAGACGGUCCAUGAGGCUCAAAAGACAGGUGGACAUGGAUGACUUACUCUCACUGUUCGGAAAUGACGGAUACCAGGUGAAUCAUCACAGCUUCAGUGGUAGGGCAACAACAGUGGAGAAGAGAAACGUUCCCAACCGCAUUAGUGGAUAUCCAGAGACACCUGCUCCAGAAUUCCGUUAUCCUUACAUCUUCCAGAAUCGAGAUGAUGGAAUUCUGUCAGCAGGAAAUGACUUCGACGAUAGCAGCAAUGAUGGCUUGGACAGCGAUAGCCUUGCCGACGUGGACAGUCUAAUGCUAUUGCCACCUAACUCAAGAUAUGUGGAGGGUCCCGAAAUAGGCCUUUCACCAUACAGAUCUCAGAAAGAAGAAAAUGAAGCUAUUCGGAAAUGGUUGUCUCGCCAUACCACCCCAUCAGUUUUCUCCGUAAGCAGGAGAUCUGCACCUUUCUAUCCAUUAGAUUACCGGUAUAUCUCGGGAUACAAGAAGAGGUCCAGAUUCUUCAAUAAUAAUGGGAACCGAUUUUCCGGAGAUGAGGACCAAGACACAGAUUUCGGAAAGUGGGGCCACGUAGUCCAAGUACCAGAAGCGUACGCCUCAGCUGAAGAUGUGGCUAGAUUGUACGGUUUAGCAAAUCUCAUGGCAGAGGGAGACGAAGCUUCACAAUCAGAAAUGCGCAGGUCCGCCUAAAAAGGUGCCCCUUCUACAUUUCUAUCCACUGUGAAAAGCUUAUUUGUAUAAGUGUGCAUCCAAUGUUAUACUCAAUGACGUCGGUCACUAUUCCAUAUCUUAUUUGAAAAAAAUAACAGCCGUGAUUAUUUGUCAUAUUUCCUACCUUUUCCUAAGAACUCUGAGUUAGGCCAAAUACAAGAGGUUACUAAUUUGAGCACACCGAGCCAGUUCUGCAGUAAAGAGAAAUACACACUGCUCACUUUUCUAUGAAUUAAUUAAUUAGCACCUAGAGGAAGCAUGUUUUGGAAUUUCAAAAGCUAUGCAAUGCGUCGAGAUUCCUUAUUCCCAAAUGACCAAUAUGUAAUUUUUAUGUUCUCUAUUCAAAUUUCAAAUAUGUGUUUCUUCAUUAAUGUUUUUAGGACUUCAAAUUCGUUUCAUUUGUAAUGAUACAAAACGUAGUUAAGUAACACAAUAAGGGGAAGAUUUCUAGAGUGAUUUAAAAGCUCCAUUUAAUGUUUUUCUUUUUUUGGCAUGGUAGCUGAAAGUUUUACUCGUACUUCUCUGUGAUGGUUUCAGUAAAACAUAAUGCUUUUAAAUUAAAUAACUAAAAUUUCUUAUUCUCAUUUGCUCUUUGUGCACCUUUUGUAAUCUUGCUGUACUUUUUGUUGUUAGCAGACAGUAAAAUUGGCCACUUUUAUAUGCAACUGUAACCGUUUCUCUAUAGAAGAUGAUUGGAUGGAAUGAUAGCGGUCGAGAAUUCAUAAUUAUGUUCAGAAAAUGCUCUCCUAUUAACCUAAAUAUACGCUUCAAAUUUUACAAAACGUUCAUGAAAAUGUCGGUGAUUUUUGAAAAAGCUUCUUAUUCCACAACGAAAUCUUCAAAUUUAAUGUAGGUAAUAAACAUCGUUAUUAGAUUCACUUCAAAGUUUCUUUUAAACAGUUUAAAGUAGUUAGUUACUUUUCUAAUAUUCAAAAGGUUUUUCGUUGCAAACUGAAAAUUCUUGUUAUAAAGGAAACUAUUUAAUAAAAGGAAAUUACCAAAUAAGACAUUUUGGAUUUAUAUAUAAUAUUUAGGCUAUAAACUGUUGAAAGAUUAAACAUAUCUAUUAUUUUGUUGUAUAAUAGAUUAAGACGAUAAUAUUAAUCUAUUCUCUUGCGUUGAGCUGAAUAAAGUAACAAAAGGAAUUUACAAUUUAGGCAUUUUUAAAGACUUCUAAAAUCCUUUUAAACAUCACGUGAUUUAGUUAAAUUCUUACUAAGUAUGAAAUGCAUAAACACAUUUACUACAUCAAAGAAUGUUGCUAUACAACGGGUGUGUAAAGAUGUCGUCAGAAAACAUCUAAACUUAAUAUAAUAAGCAUAAUAUUAAUUAUUUAAUAAUUAUAUCGUAAAGAACUGAGCAUCACUUUUCAAAUAUGCAUCAAAACUAUGCAAAAAAAAAAAAAAAAAAAAAAAAAAAAAAAAAACAUCUUGUUCUUAAUUACGGGUAAUUUUAUGAAAUAUUUUUGCAGUUUUGCCAUAAUGCUUACAGAAAUUAAUGAAAAUUACAUACAGAAAUUAAUGGAAAAUAUUCUUUAAAUCGUAUAAAGUGAUAGAAUAAUAUGUUCUGUGAUGUGAUCGAAUAUGAUAUGUGUCAGUCAUUUAAUGCACGAAACAUCACCUGAUCCAUGGUGGUAUUGCAAACUUGUCACCCCAGUUAUCUUCUUAUGAGAGAAUCAAACUGCUAACAACACGGUUUAUUUGCAGUGAGUAUAUCUCGUGAACAUCACUGCAAAUUUCAUAUCCAGUUGAAUUACAUCCUUUUGUGUACUGUGUUGUGUAUUCUUUGGACCCCAUGAGAUCUUUACUCUGUUGUUCUAAAUCAUUAUUUUAAAAUGUUCAGGGAGUUACAAUGAGAGAUAUUACUGUUACACGAUAUAUGAUGUGUGAGAGAAUUAAAAGAAAAUGUGGUUUGUUAUUUAUUGAUUCCAGAACAGCUAUAGGACAUUGGAGUAUGCUAAAUAAAUCUAACUUGUGUUCCAUA